AUGAAGAUCAAGAAAUCACCACCGAAGAAAUUGGCGGCACCCACCCCGCAAAUCAAAAAUCUUAUACAAAAACUCAAUGAGUGUCGCGAAAAUGAGAUACCAGAUAUAGUGGAUUCUGUUCGUGAAUGGAGUUAUCCACGUGGAGAUCUGUUCCACUGGAUCGGUGUUUUGAAUCGCUUCGAUACAAUCCUUGAAAACAUUUGUCAAGUGUACAAGCUUAAAAAGCUACAAACAUCAAAUUUUUCAGAAGAAACGCGCACAGUACUAGUGGCGAUAUUGAAAUUUUCGCGGGUACUGUUGGAGAAUUGCACAAACAGAAAUUUGUACAGCUCAUAUGAGCAUCUAAACGAUCUGUUAUACACGAGUGAUUUAGGAGUACUGGAGGUGUUGUUACGCUUGAUUCUCAGACCUGCACAGCGACUUAGCAAUCAGCGAGCGCUUCGCACAAAUUUUACAAUUUCACAAGAACGCAUAAUAACUCUAGCUCAUAGUUGGGGAACAAAAGAGUAUAAUAUUGAAAUGGUGCAUCUUGCAUCUGAUGAGGUGACAAUUCCGGAAGAAUUGACCACCUUGAAUUAUCAAUUUUAUCGUCAUCUAACUCCGUUGGAAGCUGCAGAAACGACUGUCGAAAGGAAAAACGAUGUCGUUACGACCGUUCCCCAUGCACAGUCACAUAAAAAUCAGCGGAAAGAUAGUGCUUCGAGUUCUGGUGGAACCAAAGCUGGAGAGGGUGUUACAGUAAUUUCCAUUAAUGACGUUCGUCAAUUGGGGAAUACAGACAUGGACAUUUUGAAUGCUGUUGUUAAGGAGUAUGAAAUUCCGGAAGAGUUCCAUUUUGCUCUUCUGAACAGAAUUCGAACUGUAACCAGUAUCACCUCGACGGAGUCUAGACGAAGAUUCUUAAUAAUAAGGAUUCUCGCCAUUGCUAUCAUGGAAAUAUAUCCCCAAGAAUAUUAUGAUGCCCUAUUUGCCUUAAUAUCUUAUAUUAUCACCACACAAACUGGCGGGACCAUGGUAAUAUCAGCAGGAAUAGUUCAGACACUCCUGCAGUUAAUAAAUAACAAGAUUUCACAUCAGUUAAAAAAUAUUACAAAGGCUAUUGGACUUUUGGAUAGCCUUGUCUAUGGAUUUAAUACAUCUUUUACCUCGUUUUGCAAUGCAAAUGGUGUUCGCAUACUAGUGAACAGGAUUAAGGAUGAAGUCGAUUUGGGGGUACGGCAUGCAAAAGAUGUCCAUGGUGAUCAGAUGGAGGAUGUCACCAUUGCGAGUUCUGCUGCUGUUUCUGAACAAUCAUCCUCAAAAGUCGAAGUUGCCACUUCCACUACAGAAAAUGAGGUAUCACUUCCAUACGAGCGGUCAUCUUUGUUAAAGUCGAUGUUAAAGUUUGUUUUACACAUGAUGCAAGCCUCCGGUACAGCAGAUGGUUUGCGAAAUCUUAUAGACACCUCUCUACCGGAUUCUUUGAAAAAAAUUUUUGAAUUACCAAACACUUUUGGCAGCAGUAUAUUUGCUCUUGCAAUCAACGUUGUCGCGACAUUUAUUCAUAAUGAACCCACCUCGCUUCCAAUAAUGCAAGAGGCGCAACUUCCGCAGACCUUCUUAAAUUCAAUUUGCAAGGAAAUUCCUGCAUCAGUAGAUGUUAUCCAAUCAAUUCCAAAUGCAUUCGGUGCCAUUUGUUUGAAUACCCAAGGAAUGGAUAUCUUCAAAGAGAAGAAUCCGAUUGAUAAAUUUUUCUCGAUUUUUACUUCGACCGAACAUUUACGUGCUCUUCAAGAUGGAGAUGUUGCUUCCGUUUUAGGAACUUCAAUUGACGAAUUAAUGAGGCAUCACCCAGUAUUGAAACAAAAUAUUAUGGCUGCAAUAAUGUCGGUCUUACAGCGCAUUCUUGAUCUUGGAAAUAAUGAAAUGGCUAUUAAAGAUGACUUAAGUGUCUUGCACGUCGCUGCGGACGGAGACCAAUCAAUAAAUUCCGAAAUGCACGUGGAGUCAGUGUCGAUGGAUGGCAACAUAGUUGACACAGAUUCGCAAAAAUCAGAAGAUAAAAAAGAGAACACUGUGGUAGCGUUUAUCGAGAUCGCAGCAAGGUUUUUAGAAGGCUUAUUCCAAACUCAAAAUCAUUGCAAAGAUUUUCUACAAAAGAAUGGACUUAAUAUGAUCCUUGAAUUUUAUGCGCUACCAACUGUACCCUACGAUUUCGCAAGUUCUCAAGCUUCAUAUUCUCUAUCAAAUUUGUUACGAAUUGUUUCUGACGUUGAUCCGAAAAGAAAUGUUACGUCAAUAAUUGCUGCUCUUAAUAAGACACUUCAAAGGGCAACAAACUUCUUAACUUAUGAAGGAAAAGGAGGUCUUCUUGUAGAAUAUAUAGACUUAAAAGCUGUCGACGCCGCAAAGGUCGAGGAAGCCAACGCUACAUUCAGAGUUUUAAUUGCACUUCAUGGAUAUGUCGGGUUGCUUUCUGACGUAUAUUGCACGCCAGUUUUUUCCCACAGUAAAAGUGCAUCUUCCGUCAUUGAAGCUUUUGUAGGAGCCGACAGUGAAAUUCUGCCAGCUCUCGCUUGCGUGUGGGAGAACGUCAUUCUAAAGUCGUCUGUGCCAAAGUCAUGGUAUAACACUCAAAAUAAAGUCAAAAGACAUUCACUUGUUCCGGAGGCAUCUUCAAGUGCUGCACCAUUGUUUGAUGAGGUCGAAAAGGAUAUCACGGAUGCAAAUGAACCACCGGUUGAUCACAAUGACCGUCAAGUGAAAAAUGCUAAAUACUUCAAGUUUUUGGUUUCUCAAAUCCCUUCAUGUUUGACAACCUUGUUUCAAGGUCUAGCAAAAAUGUUAUUCUCUCGAAAAACUCCACCCGAUCCUUCGCUGAGAAAGCAAGCAUUCAAGAUUUCGGAUGCAAUCGCAGAUGUUCUGAGUGAUCAUCUGAAUCUCGAUGACGACUCUUAUUCGUCAAAUAAGUACAGUUAUCUUACUGUGAUGCUUGGGCUUCUACCUAUACUUUUCUUGGAUGAACGAAAUCAAGCUUCCCUCCAAACAAUGUUAGUUGUUUCGUUUGAUCACGUCGGAGGUUUAGAACAUGUAUUCAUUAUUCUUCGGCAACUAUGGGAAGAGGCUGAAGGAAUCAAAGCCCUAGAUGAAUUUUCAACUAUAGAGGCAGAUGAUAAAUCAAAGGAAAAACUUUCCAAGAUUCAUGGGUGCAUUGAUGUCACCUUGAAUUUCUUCCAAUUCGUCGGAUCUUCAAAAUUACUCCACGAUUCAGCUCAGACAGCACCGUUAACGUCAAAAGAUAAAGACACACGCUUUGACCCAUUUGAAUUCCUUGUAAAUGUUCGCGCCAAAAUUCUUCCCGUAAUUUACGAAUCGUGGAAUAGCGCGUAUCUACUGAAGACACCACCAAAUAUUGUUCGCUCCGUCAUUCAAAAUCUGGUUCAAAUUUUAAAGGCAGAAGGCGAGGUUAACAAUCGCUCGGAGGGAUCUAGUUCAGCCGGCAGUGGUCUGGCCUCAAUAGCUUCAUCGGUUUUCGGUACCACUCGACCUCUUGUCCCGGACGAAAACAGAGUGCGACAGUUACUCGACAUGGGAUUCUCGCGCUUAGCAUCCGAAACGGCACUCAUGCGUUGCGGUAAUAACGUUGAGAACGCUACGGAAUAUUUGUUGACGCAUCCACACGCACAUACUAUUGCGACAUCGAUGACUACGGAAGCUCCGCCUACUGAAGUCGGUCGCGAUUCGCCGAACAACUCAGAUACGAGAGACGUAAACGUGCCUGUAUCAAAUGCUGAUGUAACUAGUACUUCGGGGGGCGACGAAGAUGCUUCUGAUAAUGAAGAUGAAGCUCAAGCUCUUGCCAUGUCAGCGCAAGGCAACUCGGCAUCCUCCGAAAACGCUGGUACCGAGACAAGUGACAUUUCCGUGCCUAUGGAAACUGAUACCACUACAAAAAAAGUUGAUAAGGGUAAAGCGAAAGAAAUUUCUUUAACAGAAAAGCUUAGGAAUGAUCGAGAAGAACUUAAAAACACAUCGGCAGCUCGUGCACUUGAUCUCUUGGGUCAAGUAGAGGAUAUUAUUUUCGAAAUUAAGGAUUUGUUUGUUCUGUUGAGCAAAGACAACGCUGAAAAAAUCAUCGAAUUGAUAAGAAAAAACAUUGAAUCAGUCAGGGUUCAUACAGAUGAGCAGCAUAAAAAAUUUUUGGGUUCCCUUCUAAGGCUUUUAGCUCUAUUAUUAAACGAGACAAGUAUUCAAAGCAAAAUCCAUAAUCUGCUAUAUGAAAUAUUCUCGGAAAUGUCAAUAAUGAUUUCGGAACAAGUCGAUGUUGCUUCCGAUAAUGCCUUACCCAAAUGGCUCGCUCCGGCUUUACUGGUAAUUGAAGCGUUCAUCUCAUUGGCCGAUGAGCCCAAAUCGGUUGAAUUAAAUACGAAACCCGAGGAGCAAAAGGAAAUAGACGAUACUUUCAUGGAUCCCAACUCUCCGUCUGAUUCGCAAAGAAUGCAGCUUCUCGAAGAUUGUUUGACAUUCCUUAAACGGAAAGAUCUCGACAAGGACACGAUAAGCGCACUGCUCCGAAUCCUCGUGCGCCUUACCCGGCGUCAUUCUGACGCAAUUGAAUUUGUCAAGAGGGAUGGGCUGAAGUUACUAUUUAAUGAAUUUAAGCCACGCGCGCACGAAUUCCGUGGUCAACAAAUUUUUAUUGUCAUGAUAUUAAGGCACAUAAUUGAAGAUUCAUCCGUUUUGGAAACAAUAAUGGAGCGAGAAAUAAAAAAUUGGUUUAAUAAUAAUUCUCGUUCUCGUAAUGUUGAUAUUAACACAUACCUUCGCGGCACUGCUCAAUUUGCCCUGCGAAAUCCGGAAAUAUUUAUUCAAUCUACCAAGAAAAACUGUAAGUUUCUAAAAUAUGAGACAAGUGGGCGCAUUCAGCAAAUCACCUUGAUCAAACAAGAAGCUGGUAACAUCACAAACAAAGAAACCACGGCAAAUGAAGAAGAAAUGACUGACGCCGUACCAUCCACAUCUACUUCACUUGAAUCCCCUAAAAAACCAUCUUUUGACUCCGACACGGCUGAAAGUCUUAUUCAAUUUAUUGCAAAUGAGCUGAUGUCAAUCCGUGGUCAUAUUAACACUGUGUCAUCGGAUACUAAAUCAUCAGAGAGUAUUUUGACCGAAGAGAGCGCCGAAAAUGUCUCCAACCCUACUUCCACAACGGCCACCGCUGCUAAUGGCGGUAGCUCGCAAACAAUUUUUAAACCAGAAGAAAAUUUAGAUUACCUAUGUCGCUGUUUCUUGCUUCAAUGUUUAACCGAACUUCUUUCUUCAUACCCUUCAUGUAAAGUUGAAGUAAUGAAUAUCUCGCGUCGAAAAAAUAGUAUGGGAGUUGUUUCACAGCAAAAGCCACGGACACCGCUAUUGACUUAUCUCUUGAAUGAGCUGCUUCCUUACGGAUGCAUCACUCAAACGACCGAUGUUGAAAUGCGCAAACGUUUCGGGCAAUCCAAAUGGACGAUCUCAGUUUUGGUAGCAUUAUGCUCAAAUAUAGGCGGCGAGUCCGAUGAUAAAAAGCCUCAACCGGAGCUCGUUCAAGUUCGAAAAUUUGUUUUGGACAGUAUCAAUCGUUCAUUCAAGAGUGCCAUCUCCUCCUCCGACCCGAUAGAAGCUAAAUACGGAAGAAUCUUAGCAUUGUCAGAACUGUGUAACGCGCUCCUCACUGCACGCACCAGUCAGAAUAUUACAGCUAAUAAACCCGCCGAAGAUGGAACGUCCAGUAUUGCAAAGAUUAUGUUGGAUAAAAAUUUUGUGAAUACUCUGACCGAUGCUUUAUCCGAAGUUGAUCUAAAUUAUCCCUCGGCAAGAAUACUUAUCAAUGCCCUGUUAAAACCCUUCGAAUAUCUUACUAAAGUUGCCAUCAAAUUGGGACGAUCGUCGGAGAAUUUAACCAAAGAUGACAAGGAAAAACGUCGUGAUAGUGUUUCGUCAACUUCUACCCCAUCCGCCGAUGAGAUGAACCCCGAAGAAGCCCCGGAUUUCCAUCCCGUGUUGAAUAAUGAUGAUAAUGAGGAACAAGAUUCCGAGAACGAACGCGAAGUACGUCAACACUUGGAAAAUGAGGAUGACACGGAAGACGAACACAUUCGCGUUCGAGAUGGCGAUGACGAUCAAGAAAUGUGGGAUGUUCACGAUCAAGUUAUGAUAGAGGGUGGGGAUAUUGCGGAGGAAGUAAUUGGCGACGGUGAAGGGCAUCUUCAUCGACACCGCCGUCAUGAACGGUUCGGUGGUAAUGAUGAUGACGAUGUUGAAGAAAAUGACGUCGUGUUGGACAGUGGCGAUAUAAUCGAUGAUGGGUUCGAUAAUCGUUUCAACUUUCACUUGGGGUGGAAUCAACCUGGAGCAUUACUCAUGAAUGAAGAAGAAUUUGGUCUACCUCGAUCUGGUCGUGCCUUAUUUAGCUUUGGAAAUCGUCGCCAUCGACACAUUCCUGGACGAAGAAACAUCAUGGAAAUCCCUCACGAAAGUCUCGAUUAUGUUAUAAGCGGUGAUCCUGGCUACGCAUUUAAUUUCAGUACAAAUGAUGAUGUCGAUAUUCCCGGGCUAGGGCGAAGUCGACCUUUAACAAGCGCAAACGACGACGUUACCACUCAUCCUCUACUCAUCAACCGAACUCCUGUUGUUCCCUCGGUAGCCAACUCUGAACUUACUCGAGGGCGUAGUGUUCGAAAUGGACCUUUGGGAGAUUGGACUCAGUCAAUUGAGGAACUAAUUGGUGGUGGUGCAGUCCAAUUGUUAGAACAAAUACUUAGUAGAAGUCGCCUAGGACAUUCCACUUACCGACUCGAGUUGAACCCUACGUCGCCGGGAUUGGUGAGUAAUAUUGAAGUUGAAAGAGUCUUUCCAAGAUCCCUAUCAACUUCUCAGGACGCACAAAAUGUGACGCCACCUAGCGACCCCAUAAGUGCGAGAAGGCUAUUAAACUGGUGA